GAUUGUUUCUGAAAUUACUCAUUUGUCAUCAUGCUGAUGAAAAUAAGGCAAAGCCUGGAAUGUUUAUGUGAAGGCAGUGGCAAGAAUGUGAAACAUAAUGAUGAUUUACUUGUUCUUAGGGCCUUACAACAAUGGGGUCCAGAGGGUGGCGGUAGAGCAAAGGCCAUAGGAUCAUUAAAAUAGAAAGUGAUCGUGCCAAUGGGAGCAUUAACGUGCUCUGCAAAUUUCAUGGCAAUCUCGCUGCUAACGCUCCAUUUUACCUGUUCAUUUCCCAAUCAUUUCUUGAAUGUUAGUCAUUUGUGGUUAACUUUAGGUUAAACAAUUUAGACAGUUGUGUUGAGUUUAAAAGCAGUUUCUUUGUUUACUUGUUGAAUUAAAUGUUUGCCUGUUGACAAAUCACACGUUUUCCAUGUUCAGAUGACCUGCUGUGACUUGACUAAAUAGUUUACUUGAGCCUAGCAAUGAAUUGGAAGUGUACCGAUUUAUUUAUUUUACUACUACUGUACAAAAUAUAGAGCUACCAUCUGGCCACUGUAUGAGAGAUGCUUUGUCUGCAAAGUUGUGACAUAUUGGAAUGGUCACCAAAGCCUUGAAUGAAUGUACAUAUUUCAUGGAAAACCAUUAGCCAAGUCUUGGUCUAAGAAAAUGUUUACUGACAGUUGCACUAGAGGAAAGGGCUCACCAACAUCACGAGGAAUCAUCCUGUGAGGCCCAUAAGCAUCAGUACUAUAUUUUAUUAUGGUCUGGUGGACUCAGGGCUGGGACCACACAUGGUGCCUUUGGUAACAUUAAGAAUCUCAGUAUUUACAAUCAAUGUGGAUCUCAUCAUCCUCUUGAAAAUAAUUUUCCCACUGAAUGACUUGAUUAGAACCUGAGGAUAAGCAUGGUUUGUCAUAGAAGACUGAAGUAAUACAUUUAUUCUGUGAACACUUGAGGGUGAGGGGGCAGUCAAGAAAAGCUGGAGAAACUGUGUACUAGUGGGUAGAAGCCUGAUACAGUAGUAGUUUUCUUAAGCAUGUCAACUUUGACCAUAGAAGAGCCGAAUGUUUCUCACAAAACAGUUGCAGUUCGUGUGUGUGUGUGUGUGUGUGUGUGUGUGUGUGUGUGUGUGUGUAUAUGUUGGGGGCGCUAAUCUCAGCGGCGCCACCUUAAAAAAACAGUCUCGCGGACCUGUCAAUCUAGACGAACCAGACAGACUCUGGCUCGCGGCCCUGCAGUGAGAACCGCUACAUGAUUGGCCGAGAGCCGUAGCCACUGUGAGACCUGGAUGUCCAUUGGCUGCAACAUGUCGAGACACAGACGCGCACGACGUCUCCCUUCUAUUGUUAUUGUGGCGUGCGCGAGAGGAACGGACAGGAUGCACGAGGAGACAGUGGGGCUGAUAAAAGGAUAAAACAACGGAGAAACAUGAAGCUAGCGCGGCGCAACGUAUGACAAAUUCGCAUUAGCUCAUUCCAUUACAGGAAUUCCCAAAAACAUUAACGUCACCGUGUAAGCACAGAGCAACACAGGUCUAAUACAAAGGGUAUAAACACAGUUAGCAGCUGUGGUCAACACACACAGCACGUAACGUUAGAGCUAUCGGAGGAAAACACUUCAGCACUCUUUCUAUCCAAGUUGUUCCCUCCACUCCGGCUGAUGUGGACUGAUUCAGAGCUGGGCCAUCAUGAUGCCAGUGAACUUUCUGGUCACUCAUUGGCAGACCAACUUAAUACGAGCAGCAUCAUGUCGGUGAAUCCUCCGAGCAGCAAUGAUGCCUGCCUCAGCAUCGUCCACAGCCUGAUGUGCCACCGGCAGGGCGGAGAGAACGAGGGCUUCGCCAAACGGGCCAUCGAGAGUCUGGUGAAGAAGCUGAAGGAGAAGAAGGAUGAGCUGGACUCACUCAUCACUGCCAUCACCACUAAUGGUGUCCACCCCAGCAAGUGUGUCACCAUCCAGAGGACGCUGGAUGGACGGCUGCAGGUGGCAGGGAGGAAAGGGUUUCCUCAUGUGAUUUAUGCACGGCUGUGGCGCUGGCCUGACCUCCACAAAAAUGAACUUAAGCAUGUCAAGUUCUGCCAAUACGCCUUUGACCUGAAGUAUGAUAAUGUGUGUGUCAACCCCUACCAUUAUGAGAGGGUGGUGUCGCCAGGCAUUGUUGGUCUCAGCCUUCAAAAUACAGCAGCACCAGGUGGGCUGAUCAAAGAGGAAUACAUCCAUGACUGUAUACAGAUGGACCUCCCACCUGGCAUGCCUCUGUCUGACCACCAAGUGGCCCUGAAGCUGCCUCCUCCAGAUCACUAUGGCCAGCCAUUACCUCCCUCACAGCUGUCCUCUGAGCCCCAUGGACCCCCACCCGUCACCAGAUACACUAACUUGCCUGUCUCACCCAAAGUGGCCGGUUCUGGCUCCAUGCUACCACUGCAGGGUGGUCACGGCGACACCCGUCUCCAAACUGCAUCUCCACACGCGCAAGUCAUGACUCCUGCACCACGACCUCCGACCCCAACCCAACCCUCUCCUCAGCAACAGGCUGCCCAGCAGCCCUCGCAGACUCCCCACCCACAGCAAACCUCCCUACCUCCUUCUCACUCGCAUGGACAGAACGGAUACAGCAGCAAUAAACUCUCUCAGAGCCCGGCUGCCUUCCACACAGUUUGGACAGGCAGCAGCACAGCCUCCUACACUCCUGUAGGACCCCAACAGAACGGGCGUAUUCACCAACAACCUCCCCUGCAUCAUUCAAACCACCACUGGUCUCAGCAUCAUGGCUCAACCUCUUUCCCGCCUUCUGUGUCCAAUCAUCCAGGACCAGAAUUUUGGUGCUCUAUCUCCUACUUUGAAAUGGACGUUCAGGUGGGUGAGAUGUUCAAGGUGCCCUCCAGCUGCCCAGUAGUGACCGUGGAUGGUUAUGUUGACCCUUCGGGAGGCGACCGCUUCUGCCUUGGCCAGCUGAGUAAUGUCCACCGCACAGAUGCCAGUGAGAGAGCCAGGUUACACAUUGGUAAAGGCGUGCAAUUAGAGUGUCGUGGUGAGGGCGAUGUGUGGAUGCGCUGUAUGAGCGACCAUGCCGUGUUUGUACAGAGCUACUACCUCGACAGGGAGGCAGGCCGGGCACCAGGCGACGCUGUGCACAAGAUCUACCCUGGAGCCUACAUCAAGGUGUUCGACCUGCGGCAGUGCCACAGACAGAUGCAGCAGCAGGCAGCCACGGCCCAGGCUGCAGCUGCUGCACAGGCAGCUGCUGUGGCAGGAAAUAUUCCCGGGCCAGGCAGCGUAGGAGGCAUUGCACCUGCAGUUAGUCUGUCUGCAGCAGCGGGGAUUGGCGUGGAUGACCUGAGGCGACUGUGCAUCCUGCGGCUCAGCUUUGUGAAGGGCUGGGGCCCUGACUACCCCCGGCAGAGCAUCAAACACACACCCUGCUGGGUGGAGGUUCACCUGCACCGCGCUCUGCAGCUUCUGGAUGAGGGAAGUACAAGUGUUCAAGCUUUCUGAGAUAAUGAGCAAACUCAUCAUCGUCAUCAUCAUCAUCCAAUCAUCAUGUCACAGCUGUUGUUCCACUUGGAGUUUUAAUCAACAGUUUGAAGCUUGUCAGGGUUACUGCUGUCUGCGGUUUUUAUUUGAAGGAUCUGUCAUUUCCAAGGAGGUUUCCUGUUUUAUUUGGGAGAACAUUAAUUAUUCAUUGAUUAUUGGAUUAUUUGUCCUGUAGACAAAUGUCAUAAUUUCAUAAUCACUGAACAUUGUUUCCCCAAUAAUUAGGACCAAAUCACACAGUUCUGUCCAGGAAACGUCUUGCAAACUCGUUAAAUAAAGCAUCCCAGUUUUUUCCAGACCCCUCUGGAGUUCAGAACGUUUGAUGAAACCGCUGAAACUUGGGAGUUCAGAACGUUUGAUGAAACCGCUGAAACUUGGAUACUGUCCACAAAGAAGUGUUGUGUGCUCCGCCACAAAUCUGUAGUCUGACCUUUGCAUCUGAGUCUACACAAACUGUGAUUGGUUGAUAAAUAUGAUUGGAUGUCACAUCUGUGGUUUGAUGGUAUGAAUACAGUGUAUCAGUAUAAAAAUCUGUUGCAAUAAAAGAAACUUCAAAAAUUA